GACCAAGCCAGGCUCGGUGUUAUGGCGGCGGCAGCACCCGCCUCGUUCCCGCUCGGCGGCAGCGCUCCGGACAUGAACCCCGCGGCCUCCGAGGUAGCGAGCAGCGCCCUGCGCUGCCUGGCCGGGCUGGCGGGGCAGCUUAACCUCGGAGACGAUAUCGUGAAAGUUGUAAUCAAUUGGAGCAAGCUUCAGAGCACAUCAGCACUUCAGCCAGCAUUGCUCUUUAGUGCACUUCAGCAGCAUAUUUUAUGUUUACAGCCUCUUUUAGAAAAACUCCAGGCUUUGAUUAAAGAGGAAAAUAUAGGCCAUGUUGAACCUGCAGGUAAACCAGAAAGCCAAACCUGUGAAACAAGUUCAGAUAUUUAUGAUAGUAACUGUCAGACUGAAGAAAAGUAUCCAAGUUAUGACUUGGGAGAUCUGAGGGAUGCUCGUAUUCAUUUUGAUCCAGAGGUGGUCCAAAUAAAAGCUGGAAAAGCAGAAAUUGACAGGCGGAUAUCAGCCUUCAUCGAGAGGAAACAAGCUGAGAUCAAUGAAAAUAAUGUCAGGGAAUUUUGCAAUGUUAUUGAUUGUAAUCAAGAAAAUAGCUGUGCCAGAACAGAUGCAAUUUUCACACCCUACCCUGGAUUUAAAAGCCAUAUAAAGGUUUCUAGGGUAGUAAAUACAUACGGACCUCAGACUAGGUCUGAAGGAGCACUUGGGUCUAGUCACAAAGCCAGCCUACCCAUGCAUGACUGUGGAAACCAAGCUGUUGAGGAGAGAUUGCAAAACAUUGAAGCACACUUACGGUUACAAACAGGUGGUCCGGUACCAAGAGACAUUUAUCAGAGAAUUAAGAAGCUUGAAGAUAAAAUCCUUGAGCUGGAAGGACUGUCUCCUGAAUAUUUUCAAUCUGUAAGCUGUUCUGGCAAGAGGAGAAAGGUUCAACCUCCCCAUCAGAACUAUUCAUUGGCUGAACUUGAUGAAAAGAUUAAUGCUAUAAAACAGGCAUUACUGAGGAAAACAAAAGAAAGCAAGUCCAAGGAGGCUGAGCAGCUUCUUCGAUAAAAAAAGUCUUUUCAGAAUCUUCACCAUGCUUUACACAUAAACCAUAGACCUGGGUAGUGUGCAUUGGGGAUGAUUUUAGCAAUGAAGACAAAGUAUGCAUAUAAGCUCCUUUUGGAUGAUCUUGAAAGCUUUCUUUCAUAAUAACUCAUUUAAAAGCAUUCUUAUUAAUGAAAUAGUUACUUUAAAAUGAAGAAUGUUUCAGGAAUAUCAUUCUAAUAAUCCAUUCCCUUCUUUUAUAAAGGAGGAUUGCAGCAUUGUGUGUGUGUGGAAAGUCUUAACCUGCAUACAAAAGCUAUAUCUCUCAUGUAAUUCUUUAUGACUAAGUAUUUAAAAGGGCUGUCUUUUGAGUACUUUUCACCUAAGUAGUUUGCAUAGACUUGUGAAAUAAAAUUAAAUAUUUCCUCAGAAAUAAACUGUCUUCGGGGAAAAAAAAUUUACAAAAAAUCUUGCAGUAUGCAUGCUUACCUGCAUUUUUUCCCCCGUAUUUGUCACCAUUUUCACAGCUGUUAGAAAUGCAGCAAAUUGUAUUUGUUUGACAGGUGGUUAUGAAAAUCCUAUAUGUGUAAAUAAAAACAACUGUUCUUCACCUCCUCAGUGUUCUGUGUGAAUUCAAACUUCAUACCCUGCUAACAAAUUCAGUAUGUUCUAAAGACAGGAGAUUUUGAGGAGCAUGCCGGCAAGGCACCAACUUCCCUUCCAUUUGCAUGCCUACAUGACUUUUGAAGCAUGGAUGCUGGCUAUGUAGUUUAAAUUAAAGUCAGACCUUUGCCCACACGCUGAAGUGUGAUUUUGUUGUGACACUUUAUUUUUGUUUGUUUGUUUUAAUAAACCAUUUUUUAUUUAUACAA